UUACAUAUUUCUAGUUCAUUUUUUCAUUAAAUAAUUAAGUUUAAUAAUAGAAAUCUGAAGGAAAAAAAUGGCUGUGAAGAGCUUGCUGGAUUUAAGCUUAGAUUUAAAGUCCGCUGUACGCAAGAAAUUUUCGAUUCAAGAGUCUAAAUCUCAUAGUCCUGUAUCCGACACAAAAAUUAUCACAACACAAAAGUUGUCGUUCAGUACACCUCACGAUUUAGUUUCUAAUUCUAUCGAAGAAAUAGAACCAAUGAGUUUAACACUCCAAUACUUAGGGUUUGCAGAACUUAAGGCUCCGGGUCUUCCUGAAAUAUGUGUCAAAGUUAACAAUAUGUAUUUAGCAGCAAAACCGUCUCUCAAAACGUUUGAUAAAACUCAAGUCACUCUAUCUCGAGCAGGUAUUACUUUAAAACAAAAUAACGAAAACGAAUAUAUUUACAAACCACGACGCAUUAUUUAUUGCGGCGUAGAUAAACAACAUCAGAGAGUAUUUUCGUUUAAUUACCAAUACGGCUUGCGUGCUGAAAAUAUACAUCUUCACGUUUUAGUUUGCAAGACCAAAGAAGACGCAAGAAUGAUAGCAAAAUAUCUAGGUCAAGUAUUCAAAAUUAUUUCAAAAGACGAGCAUGAAAAAGAUAAGAAAGACAAACAAAUGCAUUCAGAAGGUUUAACAAAAUUUAAAACAAGAUCAACUCAAAAUAUAAAUCAUAACACAAAUAACUAUUAUCCGAAAUCACAAAUAAAAGAUGGAAGUGCAAGCAAAGAAAACUCUUGCGAAAAAGGUGCUUGCGGCUCAGAUUCAGAAUGGUCUCCUGGUGAACAACUUAUGCCACAGUUGCCAGUUGCCUAGAUUUAUCGUUCUUGAUAGCGAGACCAAUGAUUGUAACAAAGAGUUAUCAUGCCUAAUAUAUUGUUGUCGUUCUACGAUAAAAAACCAUGCUACAUAAGUAUAAUUUAUUCGGAAUCUUUUACAACAAAAAUAACAGUAUAUAUAACACCCAACAAAACAGCAAAUAUAAUGACAUAAAUUUAACAAAGAUAAGUGAACGGCGACAACAAGUAACCAUAUAAAAGAAAAAAAAUGUAGCAAAUAAAAGAAAUGUAGUACUGCUAUCGAAACUUUUCUUUUGACAGUUGUUGUUAGUUUAAAAUCAAAAUCGGUGAAGGUCACGUGUUACUAAUUUCCGAUCCAUAUUGAGAGUUAUUCAUGCAUUUGACUUUAAAGAUAAAUAUUUACGUUUAUUAAAUCAAAAGCUUCCUUAAUAAAUGUUCCGAUAUAAUUACAAUAAAAGAGAACUUUAAA